GGAUGCGCAUAAUCAAAUGCUGGAACUCCAAUCCCAGCCUACCCCAGAGGGUAGUCAGCCACUCUCUGAGGAUGAGAUAUGCGAUCAGGUGUUGGGUAGACGACCAGGCUACUCAAAAGGCCUUGGUUGGGGACCCAAGCCGAAGGCCCGCAGAACGGCAAGUGCAAGCAGUUCGUCGACAUCUUGUUCGCAGUCCACACAAAAAGAGAUUGAAUUACAAGCUAAACUUCAUGAAGCUUUGGAACGGAUUGAAGUACAAGAUAGAAAUCACCAAGCAUUAGCUUCACAAGUGGAAGCUAUGAAAAAGAUGAUUGAAGACCUAACUCGUGCACAACAGGAACCACCACAUGAUCCCUAGCCCUGCGGUACGUCG